CUGUUUUUUAUUCUUCUUCAAACGUGAAUUCAUACCGAAUAACAUCAAAGUUAAAAUUGCCGAAUAUAGAGUUUUUUUAUUUUCAAAAUAGGAUUAUAACUCCUUUUUCGACAUCAAAAACUUUAUCGCGUCACGCUUCUCCAAAUCCACCAAAAAACCAUGGCGUAAUAAAGAACUUAUCAAAUACUUUAUAUAAAACACUAUCAAGACAAAAAAAGGAAGAGCAUAAUACAAAAAGAAGUUAUUUAUCAUUAUUUGAAGAAGCAUUGGGCCUUAAAGUAAAAUGGAGCGCAGAUUUACUAUCUGAUUUAUUAUUACGAUUUAAAAGUUCAACUGAAAUUAAGAAGAAAUCUCUAGAAUUAGGUUUAUCACCUAGUAAAUUUAAAAAAGUAAUGCAAAAAUUUGUUGGCGAAGUUUGGGAUAAUAAACUUACCAGAUGUAAAACUGAAACUUUACAAUCUGCUUAUAAUGCUAAUGGGAAAGAAGGAGUAAAAAGAGCAUUAACGAGUGCAUUUUUGGAGUAUAUUCCAGAAUAUAUGGAAGAGCAGGAUAAAGAAAAAUAUCAUUCACUAAAACAAUUAAGUGACUUGAGUUUUCCUGCAGAAUGGCAUCCGUCUGCAAGAGCUAUGCAACGUAAAAUCAUCCUGCAUGUUGGACCUACAAAUUCAGGGAAAACAUAUAACGCACUUCAAAAGUUAGAAAAAGCUGAAUCAGGCAUAUAUUGUGGACCCCUAAGAUUACUUGCUCAUGAAAUUUUUGAUAGGAUGAAUAACAAAAGUAUUCCAUGUAAUCUUGUAACAGGAGAAGAAAGAAGGACAUUAUUAGGAGAUCAUGUCCCUUUAACCGCUUCAACUAUAGAAAUGGCUAAUUUAAAUACUCCAUUAGAUGUUGCAGUAAUAGAUGAGAUUCAAAUGAUAUCUGAUCAGCAAAGAGGUUGGGCAUGGACUCAGGCACUCUUGGGUUUGCAAGCAAAAGAAAUUCAUUUAUGUGGAGAAGCUUCAGCUGUUAAAUUAGUAAAAUCAAUAUGUGCUAGUUUAAACGAAGAUGUCGAAGUUAGAGAGUAUAACAGACUUUCAAAACUUGUAGUAGCAAAUGAAAGUCUAAAUGGGGAUAUAAAGAAAAUUCAGAAAGGAGAUUGUGUGGUAACAUUUUCUAGAAAGGCGAUUUUUGGUCUUAAACAUGAAAUUGAAACAGCUACGGGUCUUCGAUGUGCUGUUGUUUACGGUGCUUUACCACCAGAGACUAGAGCAAUGCAGGCUAAGUUAUUCAAUGAUCCAAAUAGCGGAUAUGAUGUUUUAGUUGCUAGCGAUGCGGUCGGAAUGGGCUUAAAUCUUAAUAUCCGGCGAAUUGUGUUUGAGACUGUAAGGAAAUAUGAUGGGAAGGAUAUUGGAUAUGUUCCGAUUCCACAAAUUAAACAAAUUGCUGGACGGGCUGGGCGAUAUGGGUUUGAAAAUUCAGUUGGUGAAGUUACUGCUUUGGAAUCUCAAGAUUUGAGAUAUGUCCAAAAAGCAAUGGUCACACCUUCUAUUGAGUUAGAGGUUGCAGGAUUGCAACCUACAAUGGAAAUGGUUGAACAAUUUGCUCAUCAAUUGCCCGAUAUUAAACAAUUUGAAAAGCUCUUGGAAAAAUUUGAAGACUUAUCUCGUGUCGAUGGACAAUUUUUUUUGUGUAAUUUUGAUACUCAGAAGGCAAUUGCUAAAUCGAUUGAACACGUUGAUUUGACUAUACCUGAACGUUUUAUUUUCGCAACAUCUCCCGUAAAUAUAUCAGAUCCAAAACUUGUCACUAUUAUCAAAAUGUUUGCGAAACAUUACAGUGAACGAAAACCAAUUUCACUUAAUUCAGUCGUGUCUCUUGAUGUUAAAGUACCAGAAGAUACGUUGGGUCUAUCUCAUAUUGAAUUGAAACAUCGUAUAAUCAUGUUAUAUUUGUGGCUAAGUUAUAGAUUAUCGGAGACAUUUUUAAAUAUUCAAGAAGCACUCGAAAUGAAAUCAAAUUGUGAAACGAUCAUUCAUCAAUCAUUACAAUCAAUGAAAUUCUCAAGAAAACGACAUCGUAUAACGAAAUCCGAUGUUAAAGAUUCAAAGAAAGCUUUGAAACAAUCUAAAGAACGACGAUUAGCUCAAGAGAAUAAACCUAAAUAUUCCGUAAAAAUAAAAACAUUUGGAGACAAUUUAAAAAAUAAUGAUAAAUUACAGAAGACUACUACUACUACUUAAAGUUAUUAUUCAUGGCUUUUUUUGGUAUAAAAAUGAUCUACUGCAUUAUUUGUACUGUAUUAAUUUGAAUUUAAUUAUAUUAUAUUAUAUUAUGC